GCAGGAACUUCCGGUCCCACCCACAUUCUCGUGUCGCUUCCGGGUGGCCACUCAAGAUUCAUCCAGCGAGCCGUCGUUAUCUUAACGCUGUAAACAAAAGUUACUAAACGGUUUAGCUUCCGCAACACGUUUAACGAGACAUGCAUAUCAAAACAGGUACAUGGGAAGCCAGCAACACCGUGUGUGAGUCCGAUACCCUGUGCGAUCCAGCCGUCCUCGUUGCAGCAACCAACUCAGAGCCACACAUUCGCAACCGUCGCCUGUCUCCUGGCUCGGGCAACUGCGGAGGCGGUGGGGGUGGAGGCUGCAUCUCUGGCAGUGACCAACAGCCCCGGCAGCUUUCACCUGAAGGCGACCUGAUCGUCCCCGGCCACACACACACCUUCAGCUACCGCAGGGACAGAGACCGCAAGGGCCACCAGCACAAAGGCCGCAGCCUUCGCAGGGAAAGUCAGAAGGCGGUCAGCCGAGCGAGCGAGCGGCCACAAAAGGUUCACCAAAAGGAGAGGUGGGUGGAGGACAGUCUGUCGCUGCUCAAGCCCCCGCCUGCCUUCCCAGUGCAGGACAGCCCCGCCAAGCUGCAGCCGGCCGUCAGCUACGCCUCCAAGGUGAAGGCGGGAGCAGCAAGCGGAGGGCUGGAGGAGGAGCGCCCUGCCAUCGGCGUGCUGCUACAGAACCAGUGGGGUCUCAGCUUCAUCAGCGAGGCGAGGCCCGCCACAGAGGGUCCUGGCCCUCGCCCCGCUGCCAACGCCCUCCCUCCUCAGCCUACAGAUGCUCAACAGGCAGCAGAGCUACAGUUUGAGUCAGUUUUCACAGUCCAGCCUCCGGGGGAAACGCCUGUCCCAGUUGCUGCCUCCAUUACCCCUGCCGCACGCCCAGAAGGGGACGAGAGCAACGGGAAGCUGCUGCUUAGUUGUCGCCAUCUAGUGGAGGCUUUUAACUAUCACAAUAGAGAGUGGAAUGCCAUCUGUAACAAACAGAAAAAAGUUCCAAAAACGGUUGUCUGGUACAAGGAGGCCCAGGAGCACCCAGCCUAGCAGUGUGAGAAACCCAAAGCAUAUAUAAAACACACAUACAACACACACCUACAUGCACAUUAAAACACAUAAAGAUGGACAAAUUUAUGAGUCCCGCUCUCACACACUGCACUCAGGAUGAUGUCUUCACACAAAGCCACACUGAGACACUUUGGACUAACUCCUUUGAGAUCUUACUGCAAUGGACUUUUUUAACGCCUUACAGGAAGCCUGCCUUAAUUAAUCAGACCUGUUUUCAUCGCCUCUCAUUACCAUUUUUAUCUUGUAUGUGUAGAGCUGGUCUUUUUAAAAACAAUCAGGAGCUGUAAUUUAAUUUCCCCCCUUUUUUGAAAGCUACCGUUAUCACCUUUUUUGUCCUCUGUAAAGCGAGUGGUCAAACAAGCACUUUGUUUAAAAAUCUGUCGUGACCAAUCCCUGUGUGCAAGAAACCCUCACCAGAGUGAUUUAUCUUCUCCCCCCCCCCAGAUUAAAAACAGAAUGUCUUGUACCUGCUUGAGUUUUAUGGUUCAUGUAUGCAGAGGACUUGUAUAUCUGUCUUCAGUUUACAGAGGGGUGUAGUCAAAGGCACCCUUUACCCGUCAGAUCUUAAUGCUGUGUCCUUUUUGUUUUUAUUUGGUUCCCUAAUCGGGUGAAUGUUACUCAUGAAUCCAUAAGGAAUCUCACCAUGUUCAGUAUGUUGAUUUUUGAAAGAAAAUGUAUUGAAUAAAUAAAAAUUUACACUGGAGAAAGAGGAGGAAUGUAAGUGAACAGUAUUGCUUAAUAAAAUGAAUAAACUUGA